ACCAAUCCAAAGACGACGCCCGAUUUAAAUUAUCCGCCGGCCAUCCAGUGUUGUUGCUGUCGCUUUUGCCAUUACUCUCUCCGUUUUUUCCCCAUACUGUGAAUCGUUGGCUGUCUGUAUUUUGUACUUCGUGUUAAUCCGUGUUAAAUGCUUCCUAUCGUGAGAAGUGUAGCUGUUUCCCCAUGUUUACCCUGUUUGUUACGGUCUCAUUUGUCCGCCAUGCUGAGGCAUUGGGACAGAGAAGGCUGGAAUCGCAAUGUGUGUCGGCUGUGGAAGUCAGAUUCAUGACCAGUACAUACUAAGAGUUUCCCCGGAUUUGGAGUGGCACGCCGCGUGUUUGAAGUGCGCGGAUUGCAAUCAAUACCUGGAUGAAACCUGCACUUGCUUCGUCCGGGAUGGGAAGACAUACUGCAAAAGAGAUUAUGUAAGGUUAUUUGGCAUUAAGUGUGCUAAAUGUAACCUUGGCUUCAGCAGCAGUGAUCUCGUCAUGAGAGCUCGGGACAACGUCUAUCACAUCGAGUGUUUCAGGUGCUCGGUAUGUAGCAGGCAGCUCCUGCCAGGGGAUGAGUUCUCUCUGCGAGACGAGGAACUGCUAUGUCGGGCUGAUCACACCUUACUGAUGGAGCGGGGUUCCGCAGGAAGUCCCGUCAGUCCCGGACAUAUCCACUCCAACCGGUCACUCCACUUGGCAGCAGAUCCAGUGACAGUACGACAGACAACGCACAGAAACCAUGUUCACAAGCAGUCCGAGAAGACCACACGUGUGCGGACAGUGCUGAAUGAGAAACAGCUUCAUACACUGCGGACCUGCUACAACGCCAAUCCGAGGCCCGACGCCCUUAUGAAGGAACAAUUGGUAGAAAUGACCGGCCUCAGCCCGAGAGUGAUACGAGUUUGGUUCCAGAACAAACGCUGUAAAGACAAGAAGAGAUCUAUUCUCAUGAAGCAACUUCAACAGCAGCAACACAGUGACAAAACCAACCUCCAGGGACUCACGGGUACGCCUCUCGUAGCUGGCAGUCCAAUUAGACACGAUAACACUGUUCAAGGUAACCCCGUGGAGGUGCAGACCUACCAGCCCCCUUGGAAAGCCUUAAGCGAGUUCGCUUUGCAGAGUGAUUUGGACCAGCCUGCCUUUCAACAACUGGUGUCUUUCUCAGAAUCGGGCUCCUUGGGUAAUUCUUCCGGAAGCGAUGUUACCUCUCUAUCUUCACAGUUACCCGACACUCCAAACAGCAUGGUACCGAGCCCUGCCGAGACAUGAGAACCACCGAAGCAACAAAACCCCCAGAAAAGCAUGCUCCCGACACCCUGCAUGAAAACAAACCAAUUCAUCAAAAAAAAAAAAAAAAAAAAAAAUCCGUUGAA